CGCUGCCCUUAGGCCACUUCCUGGGGGCGGAGAGGACUUAAGCGGUUGCAGCGAAACCGGAGGAAGGCGUCGGCGCCCGGGUCCCGAGACUCCCGGCUGCUUCCAUCGGAGUCCUCGGACACUCCCAGCUUGUACUGAACGUGCAUCUGCGGUCCCCAGCCGAUACAGAGGCACCCCCAGCCAUCGGCUCCGGUAAGCCUCGCCUCCAUCUUCUGGGACCCGCGCCGGAGUCAGGCAAGGCAAGGCCUCAAACUGGUCCCCGGAGCCCUGCGUGGACUUGCCCACGGUGACAGCGAUCUGCCCGGGAAGCUGGACCCUUAAGAGUCGGCCUUGUGCUCGCCACCGUCACCUGCUGGUUGGAUUCUGGAAAGCCACUGUCUGAAGACCACAGAAAGGAAUCGCUGACCACCCAGAAUCGGAUCUCUAUCUCCCGUACCUCUCUGACUUCCCUCUGCUCUUUUCAUCCGUUCUCUCGACUUUUCCGGCAUCUCUGUGCCCAGAAAUCAUCUCCCACCACCAAGGCAGCUAGGGUGAGCCCCAAAUCUUGCUGCCUUGUACUCCAACCUGUGCCUCCCACUCAGAGACAGUCUGAACCUUACCACCCAGUUCUGCACACAUCCAGGAAGUUCUGCCUUUUCUUCUCUUUCGGUGUCUUCUAUACUCCUCAAAAUUUCUCCUCCUCCUGUGCCCUCUUCGCCCCCCUCCUUCGGGGGCCCCGUGACCCUGAAUGUCGGGGGCACGCUAUAUUCCACCACGUUGGAGACCUUGACUCGAUUCCCAGACUCCAUGUUGGGGGCCAUGUUUAGGGCUGGUACCCCCAUGACCCCCAACCUCAAUCCCCAGGGAGGUGGCCACUACUUCAUCGAUCGAGAUGGCAAGGCCUUCCGGCACAUCCUCAAUUUCCUCCGGCUGGGCCGCCUAGACCUGCCCCUUGGAUAUGGGGAGACAGCACUUCUGAGGGCAGAGGCUGACUUUUACCAGAUCCGACCCCUCCUGGAUGCCCUGCGGGAACUGGAGGCCUCUCGGGGGACCCCGGCUCCCACAGCUGCCCUGCUCCACGCAGACGUAGAUAGCAGCCCCCGCCUGGUGCACUUCUCUGCUCGUCGAGGCCCACACCAUUAUGAGCUGAGUUCUGUCCAGGUGGACACCUUCCGGGCCAAUCUCUUCUGCACCGAUCCUGAAUGUCUGGGUGCCCUGCGGGCCCGAUUUGGUGUGACCAAUGAGGACAGGGCAGAGGGAGGACCACACUUCCAUCUGGAAUGGGCCCCCCGCCCCAAAGAACUCCCUGAAGUGGAGUACCGCAGACUAGGGCUGCAGCCACUGUGGACCGGGGCACCAGGAGAGCCACGGGAGGUGGUGGGCACACCCAGCUUCCUGGAGGAGGUGCUGCGGGUGGCUCUGGAACACGGCUUCCGUCUCGACUCUGUCUUCCCUGACCCUGAAGACCUGCUCAACUCCCGAUCUCUACGCUUUGUUCGGCACUAGGAACUGAGACCUGGGAAUGCUGCCCUCACUUUGACUUCAUGGGGGGUGGGGGAGAGAAAGAACGGGUCAGUAAAGGGGUUGAAGAUUC